CCUUCUUACUGAAGUCUCUCUCUCUCUCUCUCUCUCUCUCAUGAGUGAAAGUAAUGAAAGCACGCCAUUAACCCCAGACUGGGCACCAUUCUAUCAACAAAACGCACAACCCCAACACCCCAUUUUCAGCGCCGCCACUGACCGACUCUCCUUCUCCACGGCGGUCGCCGCCGCCGCCGCCGAGCCGUCCUCAUCUCACGGCUUAAGCCCCGAUGGCCGGGUGGCGAAACCGGUCCGGCGGAGGUCCAGGGCGUCCCGGAGAACUCCCUGCACCACCGUGUUCAACACCGACGCCUCCAACUUCAGGGCUAUGGUCCAACAGUUCACCGGCGGCGGCCUCACUAUGCUGCCGCCGCCGCCGUCCCCCUUUUCAAUCUCUGCUGGAAUUGGGUUGGGCAUGGCGUUGGGGCCGCAGCAACACCUACAAAGCCUUAAUAAUAAUAAUAUGCAUCAGUUUGAGCAAGUGCAAAGUCGAGAGGCGUACAGUUUGGCGAGCUCUAGCCAUGGCGAUCAUCAUCUUCAAGCUUUUCUGGGUAGGGUUUCAUUGAAUCCAUCUGGAGGAGGAUCAUCUUCUUCCUCUGGGAAGGAUCAGAAUACAAAUUACAUACUUUGACUUAUUUAAUUUAACACUAUUAUAGAAAUUUAUUAAUAAAUAUUUUAUCUGUCUUAUUGUACCUGUCCUGUUUAUUACUAUAUUAACAGGUCAAAUCAAUUCUUGUUUUGUUUA